UCAUUGUACCGCGAGCGGCAAGUGCUGCUAACAGAGUUAUGUGCAGAACCAAAUGGUAUGAGUAGAAAAUUGCUCUUUAUCGUUAUCAGCUCUUAUAAGAAGCGGUUUUAUAGCGAUAACUAGAAAGACAGUUUAAAGGAAUCCAGUUAUACGCCUAUUGUAACGUUGUUUCAUCCCGCGGGAUGUUAUCAAACAGCAGCUCUUGUUUAAUAACUACGGCUUUGAGGUGACGAUUUCCACGUUAUUGUCUCUUUUGCUUCAAAUGUCCCAGAGAGACGACUCUGAAAAUGACAUUUGGGAAUAUAAACCCCUUGAGAAGAAAAGAAAGGGUAGUGAAUUGCUGUCCACGACUAAGAGAAGAUGCAUUUCCAGGAAGAGCUCCAGGAAGGAUGAGAAGAAGAGAAGAGGAGAGAGAUCUGCAGCUGGUCUGACUGAUGACUCUCUCAGCUCAGAGGCCCAUGAGUUAAUCCAGCCUUUACCCUCCCAGCUGCCUGCUACAACACACACACCCCACAGUGACAGCCAUGAAGCUGAGGGACCAACCACUGAAGACCAUUGUCCAAUAUGUCAGAUGCCAUUCCACAUUUUGGUCGUACAGUCCCAGAGAUGGCAUGUUGCUGAAUGUCUGGACACCCCCAGGGAUAAAUGCAAAGAAUGUCCAGAUGGCGUUCACUGCUUCUCCACCAUUCCCAACCAUUACAAGAAGUUCAGCCACGCACUCCUCGCCCACAGCCGAGCAAACAGCAACACAGCCACUGCCAGUCCGUCCCAGCAGACUGAGACCAGCCUAAAAACCAGUCUCAGUCGUCUCCCUGGACCAAUAAACGAUGGGGAAGAAAACUCUAUUUUCAGUGCUUCACAGGGCAGUGCUCCCAGUCUUUCUGCCUUAUCCAGCCACAGUGGGUCCCCUCGCAGUAAUCUCACUAGAACACCCCCAUCAAAACUUACUAAUGGCCUGCUGUUGCUGCGCUCUCCGAAGCCAGACGAUCUCAAGAAAAAAAAGGGCUGGUCGUCAUCUGCUAAACGCCAAAAGUCUCUCAGUUCUUCACAAGAGAGUGCAAAAGAGAUUUUAUCCACUCAUGUUCAAGAAAAUAUUACAAGUCCUUGUGAAGAUCUACCUAAAGAAGAACUUUCCCCUGAAGAUGAUGAAGCAAUAUCCUACUCUCCACUGUCUCAGGUGCUUGCAGACACUGAAGUCAAUCAUGAGUUUAAAGAGGUUAGAAAGGUUCUUUUUAAUAAUAAUGCAUCUGAAAAUGAAGACUCCAUGAUACUGUUCAGUGACAGUGACGAUGAGCUAUUUGCUGGAAUUAUUGAUAGCACUUUGGACGACAGAAAUAUGCCAGUAAAGGCUCCGUCACCCUCAACCACUCAGCUGGUUUCAGUCUCCUCAUUAGCACCUGCUAAUCAAGGAGCUCCCUCCAUAGUUGCUCAAAUUAGAGAUGAUUUGUCAGGUGGAAAAGGAACAUGUGGCCAAUCUAUGAAUAAUAUCAACAAGGCCAGCAUUCAGUCACCACAGAGUCUUGUUUUAGAGCAUUUGAGAGAAAGUCUUUUAAGCUCACAGGGUCAGUGUAUUCAGACAGAGAAACCUCAAGCGGAUCCCAAAGUCCCUCCAUCACCAAACUCCUCAGUUCCAGGAUCUAAAAUCAUGCCCCCUCAAAAGGGUCACAAAAUGUCAGGUCAGGCUUCUGGUCUGAAACAGACAGACAUUGGGGUGUUUUUCGGCCUCAAACCACUCAAGGAGAAGGAAGCUGAAAGUGGACCGAAAGACCUUGACAUCUCUUCCACUCCAUCAGAGGGUGAGAAGACGAGAAACAGGAGGCAAAGGAGAGAUGGGCAGAGAAGGGGUAAAGCCGACACAACUGCUCUCAUGUCGCAGACUACAGAAACAGUUAAUGAUGGAAGUGUAGUGGGUGGUCAAGGAGAAGCGGGGAAUGUCGGCGCCAGAGGCUGGAGAAGAAGUAGGUGGAGCAGAGCCAAUGCUGGUGAUGGCGCAUCGCGUCCUUGUCCGUUCUAUAAGAAGAUUCCAGGUACAAAGUUUGUUGUAGAUGCAUUUAGCUACGGAGAGGUGCAGGGCAUAUCUGCAUACUUCCUCACACAUUUCCAUUCAGACCAUUAUGGAGGGUUGACCAAGCGCGCCACAUUUCCAAUCUACUGUAACAGAAUUACAGGGAACCUGGUGAAGAGCAAACUGAAGGUGGCAGAGCAGUACGUCCACAUCCUUCCCAUGAACACCAAGGUCACGGUGGAGGGAGUCGGGGUCAUCCUCCUGGAUGCCAACCAUUGUCCAGGGUCUGCCAUGAUGCUGUUCUUCUUGCCAGAUGGACAGACGGUCCUCCACACUGGUGAUUUCAGAGCUGACCCUUCAAUGGAGACGUACCCCGAGCUGCUCGGCCGCAGAGUGCAGACCCUCUACUUGGACACCACCUACUGCAGCCCUGAGUACACCUUCCCCAGGCAGGAAGAGGUCAUCAGCUUCGCAGCCAACACAGCAUUUGAGCUUGUGACGCUUAACCCCCGUACGCUUGUGGUGUGCGGAUCGUACUCUGUGGGGAAAGAGAAGGUGUUUUUGGCACUAGCGGAGGUUUUGGGGUCCAAAGUGUGCCUCUCCAGGGACAAAUACAACACCAUGUGCUGCUUGGAGUCGGAGCAAGUGAAGGAGCGAAUAACCACCGAUUGGAAAGGAGCCCGGGUCCAUGUGCUUCCCAUGAUGCACCUAACGUUGAAGAAACUCCAAGAUCACUUGGCAAGAUUUUCCAGUCAGUAUGACCAGCUGGUGGCCUUCAAGCCCACAGGCUGGACCUUCAGCCAGCGGGUGGACUCAAUGGAAGAAAUCCAGCCUCAAAUCGGAGGCAGCGUCUCGAUCUUUGGAAUCCCGUACAGUGAACACAGCAGCUUCCUGGAACUGAAGCGAUUUGUCCAGUGGCUGAAGCCUCUCAAGAUCAUCCCCACGGUGAAUGUUGGGAGCUGGGAGAGCAGGAAGGCUAUGCAGAAGUGUUUCAGUGAUUGGAUCUUGGAGGCUAAAGCCAAACUGUAACUUAGGAUGCGCUUAAUGCAGCUCAUCUGCAGCCUGGAGGUUCUGCUGGCUGAAUCAGAUAAUUCCUAAUAAUUGAAAUGACACAUGGAUAUUGAACUGUUUUAACACUAGUUUAUUGAUUGGUGCUUCAGCAUUGAGCUGAGUUUAAUUCUCAGCCUUGGCUAAUGAGGAUCUGUUUACACAAACAUGUUUACAGUUAGAGCUCAGUCCCUCAAAUGAACCAUCCUUCUGUAACCAUCCAGUUCAUCACUCUCAUACUCGUACUGCUGCUCUUAAAUGGUGCAAUUUUUAAAUGCUUUUUUAAUGUCAAGAUUUUAUAAUGCUGAGAAAAUAAAUAUUUUAAU